GUUAGCCCCACCCAAUACCGGAAGAGCCGCUCGGUUGUGGAGAGAGGAGGGCUGCGUCGUUAAUAGGCUCGAGUUGGACGAAACAAAGCGGUCCCCCGGUGGAAGACGGUGUCUGGCAGUGGCGCAGCUGGAAAUAAAGUCUGUGAGAGUCAUUAUUCCGCUGUGGCUGCUUUAUGAAGGAGUAGCUGCGUCACAAGGCUUUGUUGUUGUUGUUGUUGUUGACAGAGAGUCGGUGUUCACGCUGGCUAAAGCUAACAGUAGCUUGAUAAGUUGAGCUACCCAGCUAACCCAUCUCUUUCCCCGGGGCUGCCGGCUACAAGACCUUAGCAUGCCAAAGGAGGCAGACCACCUUGAGGGUGAAGCAGACAAGGGGUCGAAGGAGGAGAGGACGCAGGAUGCUUCUGAGGAGACGGGGAGGAAGAGGGUCCGGGCGAAUACUCCGAGCCCGCACAGAGGGAACACUCCUCAAGCCAGCCCUCCCAGGUUCGUCUCUGCAGAGGAGCUGAUGGAGACAGCUAAAGGAAUGACCAACAUGGCUUUGGCCCAUGAAAUAAUGGUCAACCAGUCUUUUAAAGUCAAACCUGCAGAGCUUCCUGAAGGGAGUUUGCAGCACAGAUUUAAGGAGAUAAUGCACAAAGCAUUCUGGGAUUGUUUGGAAGAUCAGUUGAAGGAGGAUCCGCCCACAUACAGUCAUGCCAUCAAACUGUUAGCUGAGAUCAAAGAGACACUGCUGUCUUUCUUGCUCCCGGGCCACGGUCGUCUGCGCUCCCGUAUCGAGGAGGUUCUGGACCUGCCUCUAAUCCAGCAGCAGGCUGAGAACGGAGCGCUUGACAUCAGCCAACUGUCCCAGUUCAUCGUUGGGAUGAUGGGCUCGCUGUGCGCCCCCUGCAGAGACGAGGACAUCAAAAAGCUAAAAGAGAUCAGUGAUAUUGUGCCUCUGCUCAAACAGAUAUUCUCCUUGUUGGACCUGAUGAAGGUGGACAUGGCUAACUUUGCCGUCAGCAGCAUCAGGCCUCAUCUGAUGCAGCAAUCGGUUGAGUAUGAGAGGAGCAAGUUCCAACAGUUUCUGGAGAAACAACCUAAUGCCUUAGACUACACUGAGAAGUGGCUUGAGGACACAGUGAGAUGCCUGAGAGAGGCCGGGGCGGAUGGUUCUAGUGCUGCCUCAUCUGACCCUCCUUCACUCCUCCCCCUUAAUGUCCAUAAUCAUGCCUAUCUACGCCUGCUGAGGUGGGACCACUUGUCAGACCCCUUCCCGGAGACAGUGUUGAUGGAUCAGAAUCGGUUCCAGGAGAUGCAGCAGGAGGCUGAGCGGUUAGUUCUGCUCUCCUCUGUGCUCCUCGUUGUCUACACUACCACAGGGGAGGCUAUCUCAGGCCUACCGGGGCUGAUGGAGACUCUUAAACACACUGUCAAUGUCAUGCUUGCAGACAUGCACGCACCGUCUUUUAGUGCACACGAAGCCUUUGCGACCAUCGGGGAGAAACUUUGUGUUGAGCUGAGUCAGUGUCUAAGCCAACAUGGUUACUCUCCAUUUUCACCUGACCGAAAGAGCAUUCUGAGGGGACAAAUCUCAGCUAUCGUCCAGCCAGAUAACCCGGUGCACAAGCUGAUGGACUCUCGGAUUCAGAGCUAUCUCCUGGUUUCCCUGGAAUCCAGUCAAAAUAAGACCCCUCCUCAUCUCCCAGGAGGCUUGGCUCCAGUCAGCAAGGAGCUGAAGGAGCUUGCAGAUCGCUUCAGUCGCCUUGUCAACUACAACAAGGUGGUCUUCUCCCCAUUCUACCAAAAGCUCCUCCAUAAAAUACUGACAGGCGGGGAGAGUCCCUAAGCACUGAAAGGUGGAGUAAGAGCAGCGUGGAGAGUGGUCUGUAGUUUUGCCAUCCACCCUCACUUUGUAGCGGUUACGAUUUAGAGAAAGGAGUUGAGGAAGCUGAUCUGUAUUCAGCCUAUAAAGCUAACUCCCCCCAGUGUGUGCACCUCAAAACUAUAUAAUCAAAAAACACUGACUUCCAUCCCAGCUGCAUUAACUCAGUGUUGCUUAUUUGAAAAAAAUUCAAGCCUAUCUAGCUAUCUCACACUAAGUUGUGUUCAGUAUUACUAGCGGGGUUGGGUAUCAUUGGAAAUAGUUUGGUAUCUGAGCCAAUACAAUACCUGUAUUUUAGAACUCAUACUAAAAUAAUACUUAGUGUUAUGGUUACCAUACUUGGAGUAUAAACACAUUUAUUUCGGCAGGAAAACUAUGGCUAACUGUGAAAAAAACAAUAAUGAUUCUAAAAUAUCUAAUUAAAGAUUAAGUCAACAAGACAAAGGAUCAGAGCCUUUAUCAAGUGUGUCAGAGUAGGAAAUCAGUCCUCAUUAGCCAACAGUUCUCAGAGUGACACAUUUUGUUCUGUGUUGCAGCCUGGAAGUAUUUUAUCAAUGUUCCCUGAUCACUGCCAGUAUUUAGGAGCGAUCCAGAGGUGUCUCAACCUGUCAAGCGUUGACAGGAGACGCUGUUCAGGCAGAGUCAUGUGAUGUGAGCUCAUUCCAUGGACGUGUUGAUGGCAAUCAGCAUAUUAAAGGAAUAGUUUGACAUUGGGAAAUACGUUUAUUCACUUUCUUGUGGAGAGUCAGAUAAGAUCAAUAUGACUCUUAUGUCUGCAUGUAAAAUAUAAAGCUGCAGCUACCAGUCAACCAGCUUAGUUUAGCACAAAGACUGGAAACAGGGGAAACAGCUACCCGCGCUCAGUCUGAAGGUAACAAAAUCAAUGUGCUAUCACUUCUAAAGCUCAUUAAUGACACGUUCUGUCUUGUUUGUCUAAUCCAUUGUGGUCAAAAAAGUGAGUUUUACUAGUAGUCUAGCAACCUUAGUGUCUUGACAACUGCCGGUUACCUGAUCUUUUAAUCUGACUCUGCAAAAAACGCAAAAAGCCUAUAUCACAAAUUAUUGAACUAUUCCUUUAAAGAUACCAUUGGACAGAAACUCAAUUAUUUUUAUGUCUCAUCUUGCAUUGGAUUCUAACGAGAAUGUGCUUUCCACAGAAAUUACAUACAACUACUUCAGCGGGAAUAAAUCAUUUGAUUUGCUAAGCAGCACCUCAGAUACAGUAAUGCACAGAUGCAUCUAUUUUCCCCACCAUUCAGUGUGAAGUAUUGGCGAAACAACAAGCUGCAUUUAUAUGAAUGACUUUAUUCAUUUAUUUAUUAAUUUGUGUAUUUUGAACUCACAGGGCCAUGUUAUUAGAGAAAUGUUCAUUUUGUUGCAAAAUGGUGACAUUUCUGCCUUUUGUAAGACCGGACAAGUGUACAAAGGAUGUAGCUGAAAGGGAAAUUGCAUGUAGCCUAGAUAAGUUGCCAAACAAAUCUCGUACGUGCUCUGCCUGAUCCUGUCAAAAAUAACGGGUAAAACACUUCUGAAGCUCUCCUAAAUACUGGCAGAGAUGGCAGUCAUUUCCCAGGCCAUGUUUGGCUAGGACUGAUUCCCUACAUUCAGACAAUUUUAUGAAUAGUAACCUUGGCCAAGUAUUCAGCAACAGCUUUCAGUACUUGACAGUUUUCAAAGUCAGUGCUACUGACACAAUUUAAUCGAUUAAUCAAAGCAGCUAGGCAAUUGUAUAGCAUGAACAAGACCACAGAUGACUGCAUGCUGUCUUUUACACUGCAAUUGUAAGGAAAUACAGUGGAUACAAAGACUUGGUACACCUUUACAUCUUGUGGAGCUUUCUCGACAUCAAAUAAUGUUCAUUCAGGAUUGUCAGAUUUACUAGGUUAGAGUACCAGUAAAAAUGUUUGGUUACUUAUUUCUUACAGUGUAUUAAAAGCAUCUUUAUAACAUAACCAGGGGCUUAACCUUAGACCGGUCUUAAGUUGUCAGGUUAGACUAGUCUAACUAAGCCUGUCUGUUGCAUAAGUAUUAAGACUGGCUUAAUUUGAGGUAGGAAAGUUAGCCAGCUCAAGACACCGGAAUAUUGACCAUAUGUUGAUUGAAAGGACAACGGGCAAGCAAGUUAGGACACAGUGAUUGCUCCAUGCUAUAGAUGGCAGAUGUUGGGUUUUUGGAAAGAACAAAGAGAACGAGAGUGUCCAUUCAGUUACAUAGAAAAGUAACACCUACCCUAACAAGUAUUGCCUGAGUUUAUCUUUUUAACUCAUUUAUAACUUAAAACUAUUUCUGUUUGGAGUCUGUACCAGCCUAUAUUGAAAUCAGAAGACAACAUAUUUGAAUGCUGCAUUUAUGUCACUUUGUUUUCAAUAUAUAUUCAAUGCAUUUUAAAGCAGCAGGUCUACUUCUCUUGUACAACUACAACUAGUUAAUAAGUGAGCUUGUGGGUGCUGGUAGGCUAAGCAACUCAACUCCUAGCUGUAGCUUUAUAUUUAGCAUAUGGAUAUGAAAGCGGUAUCAAAAGUCACAAAAAAGACAAAUCAAGAAUCGGUUUACUUACUCCAUAUUUUUGAACCACACAGCAAUGUGAAAAUAAAGGGUGUGUAGACUUUUUGUAUCCACUGUAUGUGCGCAAGAUGAUUCUGUAAGGUAUUUUAAAGUAUAUUCGAUCAAAGGAAAAUGACCAGAAGGGAAGCCAGACUGGUGUUUUGUGACCAACUUGAACUGUUGUUCUAUUUGUUAGUUGUUUUAAAUUCUGUUAACUUAUUUAUAACAUUUCUUAUGGUUUAUAAGAUGUUUAGAAUAUUUACUUUAGACUGACACUUUGCUUUGCACACAUAUUUUACACACUCAACUCACCACAGAGUACUUACAGUGGUUGUAACAAAUCUUCAGCUCCUCCAGGCAGAAUGACGUCAUGUGUUCAUUGAUUGGUCACACCAGUCACACUGAUAUUUGUCUUUAACUGUUCAUCCAACAUGCCAAUAAAGCAUUGUUUGUCCCA